AUGUUUUAUUGUUUUUCACUCUACGCUCUUUACAGCUAUCUUCCCACGGACUCGGUUUACCCUCGGGCUAUCAUUAUGUCGGUCAUUGCUAUUGUUCAACGCGCCCUCCCCUUCUCUCUUCCAUGGAAACGAAGACAAUCAACAAGCAAAGAGAAGGACCCCGAACUGAAAAGCCCAGACCAGGAAUCCCACGAGGAGCCCCCACCCGGCAAUCAAUCAGCCGAAUACCCCUGCACAACACUCCAAUGUGACGUCUUGGACGCCCUGCAUAUAGCGGUGAGGCAGCCCCGGGACCAAAACACGAACUCGGGUGCAUCUAGCUCUGAAACAGACUCGGGCUCGGAAUCCGAGCAUCAGACCCACCGGCUCUCAGACCGCACGGCCUGCGCACGCGAGCAGUUUUCCCGAGCCGUGAGCUGGGCUAGUAUCAUCCGGAAUCAGUGUCGAUGGACGAAGAAACAAGAAAAGCAGCUUGUAAUGGCAGAGAAGCAGUUGAAACGGUGUCAGAAAGCAUGGAGCUCGGAGCAGGAGGUUUGGUUGGCCUAUAUAAAAACUCUGAGUGAAGAGAAAGAAGCUCAUGAAGAUUUUAUGCUUAUGCGCAUGAGGCAGCAGGAGGAGGAGCGGAACCAGUUUCGCAAGUCUUGGAAGCGGCGUCGGUCCGUGGAGAGUGCGUUGGAAGAGGAGCAGGAUGUUUCUCCUAAUAGAAGCAAUGCUACUGGCUUGGAUAAGCUCCGUCGGCUGCCGCAGUAUCGAAACCUGGCAUCCAAUUUGGCGACAGAGUCCACGGCUGUGGCAUGUCGGGGAUGA